UCCAAGAAACCCCUCCUCUCUUUGGUAUAUUUUUCAUUAUCUACUUGUGUAGUAGUAUAUUUUUCAGUUGUUUAAGCUUAAAGAUGAACCAAGAAAAAAGGUCUAUCUUGAUAGCAUUGUUAAACCUUUGUGUUUUCUGUUUCAUUUUGCAAAUAGAUAAAUGUUGUGCUGUUGUUGAUCCACAGUUUGUAGUAUGUAAUAAACCAGUAAAUUGUAGAUAUGGUCCAAGAAUAAGCUUCCCAUUUUAUAUUGAAGAUGUUCAAGAAUCUUACUGUGGAUACCCUGGAUUUGGGCUAAAUUGUAGUGAACAAGGGUUUCCUGUUGUACGUAUUACUGAAAAUGAGUAUAUAGUUGAAGAUAUUAGAUAUCAAGAUGAUACUUUUCAGCUUAAAAAUUCAAUCUUUAACAGUAGUGUAAAGAAUGGAUGUGUUUCUGAUAUCAAGAACGUGUCACUCGAUGAUCUCCCUUUUGAGUUUGUUAAGGAAUCAGGAAUUCACUUGUUGUCAAAGUGUAAUGGAUCGAUAUCCGAGGAUCUUUUGAAGCACAGGGUUGGUUUUGGUUGUGGUGGAGAAAAUGUGAAUGAUUGGUUUCUUGCAAUGUUUGAUGAUGAUGAAGGCUUUGAGUCUGCAUUACAAGCGUGUAAAGAUCAUGUAAUAAUACCAGUAGAACUGCUUGGAAAUGAGGGGAGUAAUCGAGUUAUUGACUAUCAAGUCUUACUGAGAAGGGGGUUUAGAUUGAGCUGGAUAUCAAGUGACUGCAGUGAGUGUACAGAAAGUGGGGGACGUUGCGGAUUUGAUGUCAUCAAUUAUCAAUUCAAAUGUUUCUGCACUGACAGGCCUCAUGCUUCGAGUUGCCAACCUACCAAAGCAAAAAGAAACUUGGGACUGAUUCUAGGCACAGGCUCUUUCCGGUGCAUGACUUUCCAUUUUCCCCCCACAUUUGCAGUUUUCUCUUGCAUCGGAGUUGUGAUUUUGCUCUUCUGCUUGAGAAAAAAGAUUUUCUGGCACAGAAAUCUCAGGUUUUGGGAAUCUAUAGCUGAGGAUCACAGAAAUAUUGAAGCAUUUCUGAAGAACUCUGGGUCAUAUGCUCCAAAAAGAUACAGCUAUACAGACAUCAAAGGAAUCACCAGUUACUUCAAAAACAAACUAGGCCAAGGAGGAUUUGGUAAUGUAUACAGAGGAAGUUUGCCUAACGGGAGUCAAGUGGCAGUGAAGGUCCUGAAUGAACUAAAAGGUAAUAGUGAAGAUUUCAUUAAUGAGGUAGCAAGUAUUAGCAGGACAUCACAUGUUAACAUUGUGAGCCUUGUGGGAUUUUGUUUUGAGUGUCACAAAAGAGCUCUUAUUUAUGAAUUCAUGCCAAAUGGAUCUCUUGAAAAGUUUAUCUAUGAGGAAAGAUCUGACGGAGUUCGCCAAUUAGGCUGGCCAUUAUUAUAUGAAAUCUCACUAGGCAUUGCUCGAGGAUUGGAAUACUUGCACCGUGGCUGUAAUACUCGGAUUCUGCAUUUUGAUAUAAAGCCUCACAAUAUCCUGGACUUUUGUCCAAAGAUCUCCGACUUUGGUCUUGCCAAACUAUGCAUAAAAAAGGAGAGUAUUGUGUCAAUGUUAGGUCCACGAGGUACUAUAGGUUAUAUUGCUCCAGAAAUUGUUUGCAGAAACUUGGGAGGUGUCUCUCACAAGUCUGAUGUCUAUAGCUAUGGAAUGAUGGUCCUAGAGAUGGUUGGAGGAAGAAAAAAUGUUGAUGUUGGAGUUGAUCGCACGAGUGAAGUCUACUUUCCACAUUGGAUCUAUCGACGAAUUGAACUAGACGAAGAGUUUCAACUAAUGGGGAUAAUGAAUGAAGAGGAGAACGAAUGUGCAAGAAAGAUGGUGAUAGCAAGUUUAUGGUGUAUACAGACUGAUCCGGCAAAUCGACCAUCGAUGAGCAAGGUUGUGGAAAUGUUAGAAGGGAAACUAGACUCUUUGCAAAUGCCUCCCAAGCCUUACCUAUAUUCUCCCUCAAGAUCAGAGGUAGAUUCAUCAACAAUAGAACUGGCAACAACAACAACAACAACAACAUAUCCAGUAUAUCUUCCUCUUCUCGAGAUAUUUAAUAUGGCUAUCACUUCAUAUGUAAGCUAUCUCCUAUCACUUCUCCUGAUCUUAGUUCAGGCAAAGGGCAGAAAUGAUUCAACUUGUCCAAAGUCAUUUUCAUGUGGAAAUUUUACUGACCUAAGCUUUCCUUUCUCUCUUUCUACACAACCUGAAUGUGGAAUAAUGUUCUUAUCUGGUUGUGAUGCUAAACCAUAUCCGAGAAUCCGACUGCUUCCUGAGGGAUAUUAGUACUAUGCUUUAGAGAUGCAUAAUUUAUCAGUUUGGCUUGGGGACACGAAGCUUCAAACAACGUUGACGCAACACAAGUGCCAGGCUUUUAACAAAAAUUUCUCCCUUCCAUACUCUUCUUUUAUGUCUUUCCAUAUGAUUAAUAUAAUAAGCUUCUACAAAUGCAUCAGUACCAGUAAUAAUACCCGUAACAUUACGCAGAAGAAGAACGAUCAUUUUGCUGGUUAUAAUAUGUACACCGGCUGUGAAGGCUUUAGCAUAUACUACAACCUUUCCCGACAUGAUGAUGAAUACAUAGCAGCAGACAAUCUUCCUACCAACUGUUCACUUAUCAGAUUGCCAAUUCAGGCAACUCAUGGUGAUUUGUUCGACAUGUUAGGUCCUGCAAUUCUAGUAGAAUGGAAAUUAUCUGAGGAAUGUAACAAAUGUCAUUAUGGUGGAGGUCAAUGCCAGACUAAUAAAACCAACAAAUUUUCUUGUCACAAAGAUGUUAUUAAAAGUAUUGGUAUUGCAAAUGUUAGCACUGUAACAGCUGGAACAUCAAAAAGGGGUUACCUUCGGAUAAUCUGGUUCAUGGUGGCCACAGGUGCAAGUUUGUUUACUGUUGGACUGUUGAUUUUACUCUUCUGCUUCAGAAAAAAGAUUUUGUGGUACAAAUACCUCAGGUGUUGGGAAUCUAAUGCUGAGGAUCAUCAAAAAGUUGAAGAAUUCUUAAAGAACUAUGGAUCAUAUGCUCCAAACAGAUACAAUUAUACAGACAUCAAAAGAAUCACCGGUCGCUUCAGAAACAAACUAGGCCAUGGAGGAUUUGGUAAUGUAUACAGAGGAAGUUUGCGUGAUGGGAGUGAAGUGGCAGUGAAGGUCCUGAAUGAACUAAAAGGCAGUGGUGAAGAUUUCGUUAACGAAGUGGCAAGUAUUAGCAGAACAUCACAUGUUAACAUUGUGAGCCUUGUGGGAUUCUGUUUUGAGGGACAGAAAAGAGCUCUUGUAUAUGAGUUCAUGCCUAAUGGAUCUCUUGAAAAGUUUAUCUAUGAAAAAAGAUCCGACAAUGUUCGCCAAUUAAGUUGGCCAAUAUUAUACAAAAUCGCACUAGGCAUUGCUCGAGGAUUGGAGUACUUGCACCGUGGUUGUAACACUCGGAUUUUGCAUUUUGAUAUAAAGCCUCAUAAUAUCUUACUUGAUGAGGAUUUUUGUCCAAAGAUCUCUGACUUUGGCCUUGCCAAACUAUGCAUAAAAAAGGAGAGUGUCGUGUCAAUGUUAGGUCCACGAGGUACUAUAGGCUAUAUUGCUCCGGAAAUUGUUUGCAGAAACUUGGGAGGUGUCUCUCACAAGUCUGACGUCUAUAGCUAUGGAAUGAUGGUCCUAGAGAUGGUUGGAGGAAGAAAAAAUGUUGAUGUAGGAGUUGAUCGCACUAGUGAAAUCUACUUUCCACAUUGGCUUUAUCAACGACUUGAACUAGAAGAAGAGCUUCAACUAAUCGGGAUAAUGAAUGAAGAGGAGAACGAAUGUGCAAGAAAGAUGGUGAUAGCGAGUUUAUGGUGCAUACAGACUGAUCCCUCAAAUCGGCCAUCGAUGAGCAAGGUUGUUGAAAUGUUAGAAGGGAAACUAGACUCUUUGCAAAUGCCUCCCAAGCCUUAUCUAUUUUCUCCCUCAAGAUCAGAGGUAAAUUCAUUAGUAGUAGAACUGGCCUAGCCUUUAUUUGCUGAUAUGUAAGCUAUCAUUUGUAUUAUUGUAUAGCCUCACUUUGUUAUGAAAUUUCAGCUAAAUAGUUGUUGUUUUUGAUA